AUGGUACUUGAUACUACAUUGAUGGACCAAAGAACAACUUGGAGCAUCGAUGUCUUGUGCAAAUUCCGUUAUGGGAAAGGAGACUCCCUUCACCGGUCAUCGCAGGCCUCCUUUAAUCCUAUCUCUAGCAUUGGACUUUCUUCGUACCAAGUGCCAUAUUAUACACACUGGUUUGUGACCCUUAUCCCAUUCAUCUCGACCAAAAUAUAA